AUGGUUGUUACCAACCCCAAUAACCCAACGUUGUCUAUCUCAGCAGGCUUCCCCGUGUACAACCCUGACCUGCUGGUUCAACUGGAACAUGGAGAUGAGGUUUGGAUCCCCAACAUCCAGAGCUCGGAGGAGGAAGAGGAGGAAGAACAACGGGCCAAACCCCUCUUGAGGUUGUGGACGAGGAAAAGGAAACGAUGGAGAAGCUGCCGAGAUACCGGGAGCUUCUCUGGUUCCAACUCCUCUUACUCAGGAGAUGAUGGGUGGACGAGUGAGAUGGAGGAGGACAGUUCCCAGGAUGAAGAUGGAGAAUUUCAUGGUCGACCUGGGAGAAAAACCAAAGGUGGCAUCUCAGUGGGUUACGAGCAACACAAGAACCACUCAGGAAGGAGAUCAUCAUCAUCAUCUUCCAACCACCAUGGGAGAAAAGCCAACACCAAAAGUCCAUCGAGAACACGGUUGGGACAACACAAACAUACCUGUAAGAAGUGUGGGAAGAUCUUCAGCCAUGGUUCAUCCCUCAACCGUCAUCAGAGGGUCCACACGGAGGAGAAACCCUUCACCUGCUCCAAGUGUAGGAGAAGCUUCAACUGUAGCUCCACCUUGAAGGAUCAUCAGAAGACCCAAUGUCAAGAGAAACCCUACAAAUGUCCCAACUGUGAGAAACGUUUCGCUUCUACCCACUCUCUGAAGAAACACCGGAGCCUCCACUUGGAGAACGCGCCCCACCGCUGUCCAGACUGCGGCAAGACCUUGACCUCCAACUCAGCCCUCACCACCCAUCGCCGAAUCCAUACCGGGGAGAGACCUUACGAGUGUCCUGAGUAUUGUGGGAAGAACUUGACCUCCAAGUCCACCCUCAUCAUCCACCGACGGAUCCACACCGGGGAGAGACCUUAUGAAUGUCCUGAGUGUGGGAAACGCUUCAUGGCCAACAAAUCCCUCAGCAAACACCGGAAGAGUCACUCAGAAGAAGGAACCUACAAAUGUUCUCAAUGUGGAGAAACCUUCACCAAAAACUCCACCUUUCUAACCCACCUGAGAUCCCACCAAGGACAACAACAUCUCCACUUCUGCUCCGACUGUGGAGAAACCUUCAUGGAAUAUUCAACGUUUACUCAACACCGCGAACGACAUUUGAUGGAGAAGAAACCUCAUCAAUGUUCUGAUUGUGGGAUGAGCUUCAUGGAUCACUCAACUCUUCUCCUCCAUCAGAAGAGUCACCUCAAAUCCAGAUCUUACGUCUGCUCCGACUGUGGGAAAACCUUUCGGGAGAACACCAGUCUCCGUAGACACCAUCGGAUCCACACGGGGGAGAAGCCCUACCAGUGUUCCUACUGUCAGAAGAGCUUUCGGGCCAGUUCCACCCUCAUCAUCCAUCAACGGAUCCACACUGGAGAGAAACCCUAUAAAUGCUCCAAAUGUCCCAAGUGUUUCAUGUCCAGUUCUUCUCUCAUGAAACAUCUCCGGACACAUCUUCGGAAGGAGCUCCUG